CCUUUCGAAUUUAAUUCACGUUUCUGUAGUUUUAACAUUGUGUUGGUUUGAAUUAUCAAAUUUGCUUAUCAAUUGGAUAGAAAAUAAUGGCGCGAACAAAACAGACUGCUCGAAAGUCAACUGGCGGAAAGGCACCACGCAAGCAGUUAGCUACGAAAGCAGCCAGGAAGAGCGCUCCUGCCACAGGGGGCGUGAAGAAGCCCCAUCGCUACCGGCCUGGAACCGUGGCACUUAGAGAAAUAAGGCGUUAUCAGAAGAGCACAGAACUGCUCAUCAGAAAAUUGCCCUUUCAACGGUUGGUUCGCGAAAUAGCACAGGACUUCAAAACCGAUUUGCGUUUUCAAAGUUCGGCUGUCUCGGCUCUACAGGAAGCCACCGAAGCCUACUUGGUCGGCCUGUUCGAAGACACCAACCUCUGCGCCAUCCACGGCAAACGCGUCACCGUCAUGACGAAGGACAUUCAGCUGGCCCGAAGAAUAAGAGGAGAGCGCUGCUAGCCGUCAACUACUUCAACAUCAGAAACUUCGUUCGUCGACAGUGAAGGGUUCUUCUCAGAACCAUCUUAUUAUUUUUUCGUGUAAGAUUUUUGUUUUUUACUUUAUUCUAAGUUUUUAACUACUGCUCGCUGGGGAUAGUUACAAUUGAAAUGUCUUCAUCGUAAAUAAUAUUGACUGUAACGAGGGAACAUUUUAGUAUCGUUGUCGUCAUAAUAAUUCAAUUGAAAUAAAAUGACCAUUAUAACUAAAUAUGUUUGGGCAUUGAAUGUAUUGAACUGAUUUUUUGGAACAUUUUAUUUUGAAUAAAUAAGUGUAAAAACAAUUAUUAUCAUGUCUACAUAUAUUCAUAUCAACAAAUUGAAACGAAACUGCUUAAAGAUGUUGAAUGUGGUGAUAAUUUAAUACAACUUGUAUACGUCAGAUUAAAUUGCGAGGUUAUAAGAUUAAACAUUAGUUGAACAUGAUUUUUAUUGUCUUUCUUUUAAACAGCACAAAGAGUUAAAUGCAUAAUAAUCGUCAUAUAAUUUAAA